CACCCCUAUCCUGCUGCAUUUUCCUGCCAACAUCUGUCUGGAUUCCCUCCACCCUUCUCUCCGCACAGGAGAGAGGCAGAUAACGAAAGACUGCACAGAGGUACCCCCGAUCUCUGCAUCUUCUCAGUUAACAAAAGGAUAUGUGACUUGCUCCUCGUCUUGCAGCAGAAAACGUCAGAAUGAUCUCUGCAAAGGAAAUGCAGAAGAAGAAGCUCUCGAAGGACAGCAUGACCCUGCUUCCUUGCUUCUACUUUGUCGAGCUUCCCAUUGUGGCUUCAUCAAUCGUUACACUUUACUUCCUGGAGCUGACAGACCUGUUCAGACCAGCCAAAGUGGGUUUUCAGUGUUAUGACCGUGCAUUGAGCAUGCCCUAUGUGGAACCCAGUGAGGAACUCAUCCCAUUACUGAUGCUCCUCAGCUUGGCAUUUGCUGGACCAGCAGCCUCUAUUAUGAUUGGAGAAGGGAUUGUCUAUUGCUGCCAAUCAAAGCUGAAGAAUAAAGAAGGUUCUGAGGGCAGCAUUAAUGCAGGAGGCUGCAACUUCAAUUCCUUCCUCAGGCGGACUGUAAGGUUUGUUGGUGUGCAUGUAUUCGGGCUCUGUGCUACGGCCCUUGUGACCGACAUCAUACAGCUGGCAACUGGCUACCAUGCUCCCUUCUUUCUAACAGUGUGCAAGCCGAACUACACCUUCCAUGGCAUCUCCUGUGACAACAACCCAUACAUCACAAAGGAUAUCUGCUCUGGUUUGGAUCAUCACGCAAUCAUCUCUGCAAGGAAGAGCUUCCCUUCCCAGCAUGCCACAAUCUCAGCCUUCGCUGCAGUGUAUAUCUCGAUGUACUUUAACUCGACGAUAUCUGACUGCACCAAACUCCUAAAGCCAGUGCUGGUUUUUGCCUUUGCAAUUGCUGCAGGUAUUUGUGGCCUGACCCAGAUUACCCAGUACAGGAGCCAUCCAAUAGAUGUAUAUGUGGGCUUCAUCUUUGGGGCGGGGAUCGCUGCAUAUCUGGGAUUUCAUGCUGUGGGUAACUUCAAGGCCUCGGAGGAUGCUUCUCCUGCGAAACCUCCUCCUAAGGGUGGGCUUAGGCCCCUGACACAUCUACGCCACGACUCUGUCUAUCAGCAAAGUAAAUCCCUCAGCACGGACGAACUGAAUCCGCAGCCAAGGCUUGAUGGUCUGGAUCACCACUUAGCACAACGAGAGAAAAAUUCCCUAAACAGCCUGAAACGUGCCAGUGUCGAUGUGGAACUACUGGCACCACGCAGCCCAAUGGGCAAGGAAAACAUGGUGACAUUCAGUAACACUUUGCCCCGUGUCAACACGCCAAAUCUGGAUGAAGCUGCCCGGCGCCAUAUGACAAUCCAUGUCUCGAUGGAUGCCUCUCGGUCCAAGCAGCUCAUUUCCCAGUGGAAGCAGAAGUCAAUUGAUAGCAUGUCUUUGGAUCAUGACCCAACUAUCAGCCAAUCUCAGCCCCAAAUGAGGACAGCUUUGGAGCUGAGGGGUACAGGAUUUGAUCAGGAUGAGCCAACGCCUUCGUCUCUGUAUCCCACAGUGCAAGCCAGGAACUCUGACAGAGCAAGUGGCGCACGGGUACUGAUCCAGUCAAGGCCUGGACCCUCACAGCUGGUUCAUAUUCCUGAAGAGACCCAAGGAAGUAUCAGCACCUCCCCCAAAAGUAACUCAGCUCGGGCAAAGUGGAUGCUCAUGGCAGAGAAGGGGGGAGUCCCGAGACCCAGCAACCAGCCACGCAUCAUGCAAGUCAUUGCCAUGUCGAAACAACAGAGCAUGAUAACGGUAACGCCAAAACACUCUGAAGGGUCAAGUAGCUCAGACUCCUCGCACUACAAAUCCCCUUCCGAGCGCGACUCCUCAAGUAUUGUCACAGUCGAUGCCCAUGGGUCCCAUCCAAUAGUGCACGUCUCUUCUGGAAAUGGCAGUGUGGGACCCUGGGAAUGGAAGUCUUCUCAGGGCAGUACUGACGUUCAUGAUGCCUAUGAGUUGAAUGACCUGAACAGGGACUACAGGAGCUAUAGGUCAGCCAAAAAUAGUGGCAUCUCUCCUGGCUCUUCUGCCAGUGACCUUGAGCAGGAAGAUACUCGUUUCUGCAGUGUUGCCACAAUCAAUGUCGCGGGAGCUGAGAGGAGUGAAACCAAUUCAGAGACACUGACCAUUGCCUCCAGCCGGGACUCAACACUAAGGAGAAAACCCAACCCCGUAUUCCUAGGUGAGCGGGAAGCCAGCACAGAUAGUGAUCAGGAUGCUUACUUCAAGAAACUUCAAGCCAACAGGAGAUUCAAAGACUGAACAGGGCCUUUAAAAUGGAGAGGCAUCUCUUGUACAUAUCCUAUUGAAAUUUUCAUGGUACCCAGCUCCCUAUAAUGCUUUAAUCUUGAGAAUUGACUAUCCAUAUGAGAAUUGACUAUCCUUGCAAUACAUUUAUUCCCACAUUGAACAAACUGGGAGUAAUAAAACAGUUUCCAUGGAGAUCUCGGUUUUCAAACUUUUCCAGCUGAUAAUUCAUACCCUUCUUCAAAACUGAUUUCAUUGCAGCUUGAGCCUUUCCUUGACUUGGAAAACAAGCCAAAGGCCAGCAAUAGAGUUCCAGGUCUAAAUGCCCAAGACCCUUCAUGAGAUAUUGGUCAGCUAUUGUUAAGAAAGACGGAAUUACAUUUACUAGCACCUUUCACAACCUCAGGAUGUCCCAAAGCGCUUUGGAGUCAAUUAAUUACUUCAGAGGCCAGGAUGUAUGGGCCAUUUCAACUCGCAUGUUACUUGUGUUCUUAUCUAUUUCAGAAUUAUGGAAUUGUAGUCUUGUACUUAAGUUGUGGUUUUAAAUUGGUAAUGGUUAAAGAAGCAAGAAAUGAAAUUUGUGUAACUAGUGGUUGACCCAAUGGCGUAAUACUAUUUAAUAUGCUGAUCAGCAUUCUGAGUCAAGCAUGGUACUUUGUAGAAGACAUGUGGACAGUAAUGACUUUGUAUACCUGUGCCAAACAAUAACCAACCCUUACAAAAUAAGUGUUGGCAUGAACUUGCAGAUAGUUUAAUUGUAUAAGGGAUAGUUGGGUGCUAAAAUUUUCUGAUUGACAUGGUUAUUGAUUGUAAAUUGGCAAGCAAAAUGAUCUCGCUUGACUUGCUAGAACAAGGCUGCAAUCUUGAGCUAAGACAAACUGAACAAAGGCAAAAUACUGGAUGCUGGAAAUCUGAAAUGAAAAUGGAAAAUGCUGGAAAUGCUCAGCAGGCCAGGCAGCAACUGUGGAGAGAGAAACAGGGUUGAAAGGUCAACUUACAACAUUAACUCUAUUUAUAUCACCCCAAAUGCUGCCUGACCUGCUAAGUAUUUCCAGCAUUUCCCUUUUUUUAAAUUUAAGAACAAUUGUGAAUUAAUCCCAACAUAUGAUCUCUAUGAUAUGGGAGAAUAUGAAGCACCUGAAACAGAUCUACUGUAAACAAGCUAUCAGGUCUAUAUGUAGGACAUGUAUUGUCCAAUUUUGAAAUGCAAGCAAUAUAUAGGAAUGCAAUAUAUUAAUUAGAUAUUAGGGUCCAUAUUAAUACCUACAUCAACUGGGAUGUGGAUGACAAAUGAUGCUAUCUGUAGUGUAUUUCCUUUUAGGUUAAAUUUGAGGUUUGCACAUCAUAAUCCCACAGUUCGAGAUUGACAAAGGCUCUUCCCAGUGCCAGCUCUGUGACUUGUUACCUCAUUGUCAGAUUGAAUCUAAGCAAUUCUCAGCCAUUUGCUGAAGAUCAGUCCAAUCCAUAGGUGUCACACCUUUGAACACCCACCUCCCCCUGCCAAGAUUCACACUGAUGUCAGAACUGUACAGAAAAACAUAGCAACAGGAGUAGGCUGAACAGGAAUUCAGCCCCUCGGGCCUGCUUCAGCAACUAACAGUCACUGUACUCUCCUUUUGUUGAAGAUUGGGAGGGGUGGAAAAUGAGGAUUCAGUGCUGUGGAAAACAGAUGAAUUGGGAAAGAGGAGCAGUUAGCCUUUGACCUCUUCAGGACGGAAUGGCAGCUUUGCACAGAAUUACAAUAAUGUUUUCUUUGUUCCAGCUAAAGUUUCAGUUGCUAAACCUUUUUGUGCUGUUACAAUUGCCUGUGAACCUCUUAAUGACCAGGAUUAGCAAUGUAUUGGGUCAUUUUUAUGAAUGUCACUGGCUUGUUCUGAAAGCUAUACAGAAUGAUUACUUGUAACGUAAUCUGAAAAUAAUAGUCGCCUGCUUAAUGUUUAGUGACACGUGCUCAUGUUAGACAGGAUGAUUGGUCGGUUUUUUUAAGCAUAGUAAAGUCAGCUCACUCAAAGCUGGAGUCAAUCCCCUUGGACCUCUAGAAGGAGUUUGCACUACAGCAACUAUGCCAUUCGUUCUAGAGGAUUCCAUGAGGGAGUGGGGCAGUCGAGAUUCAAUGCUGGGUAAGGUUGUCAAAGAUGGGUAGAGAGUUCAUCAGUCAGCGACAGGCUGAUUGGAGAUGGAAUAUUCCAGAAUACUUGGAAAUGAUGGACUGAUUGACUCUCCAUCGGUAUAGAUGGCCACUGUCGGUCAGAAACAUGACACCGCCAGAUGAAGCAGAGACAACAAAGGGUUGAACUGAGUUAAAGUUAAUUCCAUGAUAUUGGAAAACUGGAAGCCCAAGUGGCUGAACACAGUACACUCAUGGAAACCCAGCAUUAAAAAAAAUGGUUGUGUAAAUAGAACUUUACUAAGAAGGCGAAUACUAGUUGCAAACAGCACUUCUUCUAGUGAUUGUCUGAAUGAUUACUGUUUAUAGAAUAACUUUGUUAUUAAUUGUGAGGAAUGAUAUGCCUGAUUUAGUGAUUAUUGUGCUCUAUGUUAGUGAUUUUAAUGAUAGGUCCUGAUGUACUGAAGUAUUUUGUACUUUAAAUGUGUCAUUUUGACAGAAAGAAGCUUUAGAAUUAAUGGUGAAUUCAAUAAACA